GUUUCAGCAGUCUGGUCCAGAUCCUCCGCUCCUCCUCAGCUCAACACACACAUCCAUUGUACACAAACGGGCAGGCGGCUCACGCAUACACACGCACUCACACACAUACAGACACACACACGCACAGCAUCGAUCGUGGCUCCUUUAAGAAAGCCUAAGCCAGAAUUAUCACCCCACCUCCUCUUGAUCUCCUCUAGACGCUUUUGCAUAAGAAAAUCAAGCCGGGAGCCGAGAGUGAUCAAAGAAAACGAGAGGAGAGCUGCUUCAUUUUUUAACUGUGAUUGUGACCAUUAACAUUUAGGUGGUGCCGAUCCCGUGGAGACGCGCGUCGGACCAUCAUUCAUCCGGUACUUUUGACAAGCCCUCGCGUUUUGACUGACAGGCGGAGUGGCAAAAAGCCAUGAGAGUCGCUAGUUUUGUUUGAGGGGCUAUUUUAUUUUCAUCCUGGUUUUGGAAAAGGAGCCCGGUGCCGCUGCCCCGAGGACAGCCGAGGACCUAUUCGCCGCGCAGCGCCUGGGCUAAACUUGCACAGAAAGCGGGAGCUGGCUUCACCGUUCCGUGGAAAAAAGACAUACGGGAUUUUGGCUGAAACAUCUUCUCAUUUAUUUGGAUUUUCUCUCUUUAUUCUGUCUCCACCCUGGCCUCAGAGGGGAUUUACCUAAACUGAAAGGACGACCAGGGAGUGAGGAGGGUUAUGGCGCAACGGUACGAAGACUUGCCCCACUACGGGAUGGACGGUGUGGGCAUCCCGACCACCAUGUACGGAGACCCGCACGGCGCCCGGUCCAUGCAGGCGGUGCACCUCAACCACGGUCCCCAGCUGCACUCUCACCAGUACCCGCACACCGCCCACACCAACACCAUGCCUCCGAGUAUGGGCUCCUCGGUUAACGACGCUCUCAAGAGAGAUAAAGACGCGAUAUACGGGCACCCCCUGUUCCCCUUGCUUGCACUGAUUUUUGAGAAAUGUGAAUUAGCGACUUGCACCCCCAGAGAGCCCGGGGUGGCGGGAGGAGACGUCUGUUCAUCGGAAUCUUUCAAUGAAGACAUAGCAGUGUUUGCAAAACAGAUUCGGGCGGAAAAACCUUUAUUUUCAUCGAAUCCAGAAUUGGAUAAUCUGAUGAUUCAAGCCAUUCAAGUUUUACGAUUUCAUCUUCUGGAGCUGGAGAAGGUACACGAGCUGUGUGAUAAUUUCUGCCACCGGUACAUCAGCUGCUUGAAAGGCAAGAUGCCCAUCGACUUGGUCAUAGACGACAGAGAGGGCGGGUCCAAAUCAGACAGCGAGGAAAUCACAAGAUCGGUGGCCCUAGAUCAGACGUCCUGGAACAGAGAUCAUGACGACACGGCGUCCACGCGCUCCGGAGGCACACCGGGACCGUCCAGCGGUGGACACACAUCGCACAGCGGGGACAACAGCAGCGAACAGGGCGAUGGCCUGGACAACAGCGUGGCUUCACCGAGCACAGGGGACGACGAUGACCCGGAUAAAGAAAAGAAGCGCAACAAGAAGAGAGGGAUUUUCCCUAAGGUGGCCACCAACAUCAUGAGAGCUUGGCUCUUCCAGCACCUAACGCACCCCUACCCGUCAGAAGAACAGAAGAAACAGCUGGCGCAAGACACGGGCCUCACCAUCCUACAAGUGAACAACUGGUUCAUAAACGCGAGGAGGAGAAUAGUGCAGCCCAUGAUCGACCAGUCAAACCGUGCAGUAAGUCAAGGAGCUCCCUACAAUCCAGAUGGCCAGCCGAUGGGGGGCUUCGUCAUGGACGGCCAGCAGCACAUGGGAAUCAGACCACCUGGACCAAUGGGUGGAAUGGGCAUGAACAUGGGCAUGGAAGGUCAGUGGCACUACAUGUAGCCCCACCACGGUCCAGGCUAAUCACAACACAAAGGAGGAAAUCCGCAGGGCAAACCAGGGGAUCAUGUGUUUCACAGAGAGCGAUGGAGCUACGGACCAGGACUUCCUGAUGACAACAACCAACAGCGACGGCUCUGUUCACCACCAUGACCCAACUGCAAGUUAAUCGGCUGAUAUCUGCAACAUGGAAAUCUUCCGCAGCUGCCUACAGUCCUUAUCUACGUACCCAGAAAAGGUGAUGCACAAAAAUAUCAAACCUCACCCAAGCCAGAUGACCCCCUGUCCCGAGAGACUCACGCUUCUUCUCUGCUGGGCACUAGACUUCGCCUCCUUGCCGCUGCCCACUAGGUUCACAUGGAUUCCUCCAUUAAAGUGAUUGUGAUUGCGAACAAGAUGACACACAAGAGACACAUUGGGUCAUUUGCCUUCAGCAAAUUUGCACCUGAUGAUUUAAUCUUGACUCUUUGGCAAGCAAAAGAGACUUCCUGUGAGGAGCACUCCACUCUUUGGGACAAUGGAAUUGGACCAAAGAGAAGCCAAUGUCUGUACCUGACAGGACACUGACAAAGCAAAAGAGGUGCCCUUUAACAUAUAGUGGAUUGAAACCUGGAAGAAGAGAAAGCAAGAGAAAAGAAAUUAAAAGUAUAACUAUAUCAACCCCUAGUUUGGGAAGCAAGUGGAGAAAGAAAAUAUACUGUAUACUGUUGUAAAAUUACGCUGGACUCUCACAAGAACUGGGAAUUUAAGUAUUGUAAAUGCUAUUGUAUUGUUCUGCAUAUUAUGUUGUUUUUAAUAGAUUUUUUUAAAAAAGGAUGUGAACUUUUUUGCCCUUUUUUUCUGGUUUCUUUCCACACUGUGUGUGUGUGUGUGUGUGUGUGUGUCUGUCUGUCUGUGCGUGUGUGCGUGCGUGUGCAGACUCCAUCAGAUUUGACCUCCUGCCCCUCCCUGCAUUGAAUCUCACUGCAUUUUAAAAAGAAAAGAAAAAAGUAAAUAAAUGAACAGUUUGAUAAGUUUGUCAUUUCUCGCAGGCCUUUAUUUGGAUUAUAAAAGAGAUUGAUGGAUGAUUCAGAUAUGUUUUUUAUUAUUAUUAUUAUUCUUUUUUAACAAUCCGUAUGCAUGGCCCCUUCACGUACAGUACAUGCCGACUGCAGUUUGUCUACACCUUCCAACACCAGUUUUGGUGAAUUUUAAUAUUUUCAUAACAGCUUAUUAUCUGCUCCUCUACUGGUGGUGAUUUUUUUUAUUGAUGUAGAAAACUUAUUUGACUGUUUGGCGUCAAACUAAACACAGUUUCCUGAGUUUAACAAUUUGGAUUACAAGGUUUUUAAUCCAUUAUCCAUGUUACAAUUUAUGGUUUUAUCUGUUUUGUAGUCACAAGAACAGACACAUAACGUAGUUGUCAACCAGGCUAACAAACAUGAUACACAACACUCACAAGCAAUCUAAAAAAAAAAAAUCACUGUGGAUGGGAAACUACAAAGCGUGUGUCACACAAACAUGUUGUUUCCUGUUUUUUUUCCUCCAUGUACGUCUGUGAUUGAGGGCCUCUGAAAGUCUAUUCUAGUGUCUUAUUGAUGUGUUUUAUGUCACAUGGCUGAGCACUCGCAUGGCCAAUGGAUUCUCUUCCACUCAUCGUUUGAUGCGGCCUGAUAACAGGAAGAGGCAGAGGCUAUGGGAAAACACCAUUUAUACCACAGUCCAUUCAUUUUGAUUUAACCGGAUGAUGUAAUGCUGAUCAACAGACAGGAGAGAAUGUAAAAGUCACUGUGUCUGUGUGUGCAUGUGUGUGUGUGCGUGUCGGCAUGCAUGUAAGGGGGAACAUGCCUGUAUGAGUGUGUGUGUGUGCGCAUAUGUGCUUGAGUGUGUUAUCAAUGCUUCCAUUAUCCAUUGCUUCAAACAUGUAUUACGCACAUCUUUUAAAUUCCUUUGAAGACGAGUCAUGUUUCUUAUGCUUUUACUUUGAAGGGUAUAUAUGUACAUCUGUGUUGUAAAUAAAUACUUUUUGUUCAAAUAACA